UUUCAGCCGGCCUCUUCCGAAGGAGCUGAAGAUGCGCUUUGUGGUCGUCUGUCAGAUGCAAUAAGAAGUGCUGGAGUCAGCAAAGAUUGUCAUCUUAUAAAUAGACUUUUGCUGGUUUAUAAAAUCUCGAGAAGAGGAUUCAUUAAAAGGGAAGAGGACUCAUGCCCUGGCCCCAUUUUUUUUUUACAACAUGCAUAAUACAAACAUGACUCAAGCUCUGGUGGUGGAAUCUUCUUCAGAUGGAUUGGCUCUUCAGGGAGUCCUCUACUCAAACAGCCCAAGUGACUUAAUUAAGAAACGAUCAAGAAUGAUAGAGACACCCAAAAAGCACAAAUGUGUUUCAACUUCAGAAGAAUGCGGGGAAAUAAUUGAAGAAUUUGAAUCUUGUAGCCAGGAGAAAAAUGCUAAAACGCUGAUUGAAAUGGGUGGAUACAGUAUUUUGCAAGAAAUAAAAGAUGACUUGGGGAAAACCAACAUCAACAAAGAAACAAUAAGUUGUAACUCUUCGGACGAAGGGUGCAAUGAACCUUUCUUCUGUGUGUGGAACAUAUCUUUGUGUCCCAAAGCCAUUUGUACUUUUAGUUUGGAAGAUGUCACUCUUUCAGACUCAGUAAUAUCUAGUUUAAAGAAACUAGAAUCCUGCAGAAGUCAGGAAGAGAAGGAUAAGCAAUGCAAGUCCAUUCUGGAAACAUAUGGUUCUCACAUUAGCACAAGGAAUGUAUUUGGAGGAAUAUUUUGGCGAAAAAUGGAAAGUGUAAAGUUUCCAGAAGAACUCAGACCAACAAGAAGGGAACUGAUAGAAGACUUCAUUAACUCUGAGCUUGACUUUGACAAUUUUACACAACUGUUCAGUGAUUUAACAGUAUAUAAACACUUGCUAAGAAGGGAAUAUGAUGAAAGCCAUUUAAAAAAUACCAUUGUUUCCAUUCAAACAAGCAGUGGCACCAAUGACUCCACCACAUUUAGCCAGUGGAUAACAGGACUUCACUCAGAAAGCCGUAAUUGGAAAGUAAUUGACCGCGGAUUCAGGGAUCGUCUACUGCCCAUUUGGAAGAUUAUGACACUGAACCAUAAAAAAGAUUUUCGAGAUUGUGAAUCACUUGCAAAUAUAAUGAAAAUGCAUUGGGAACAGAACACUGGGUUGCAAGACAAUAGUGCGGAAUUAGAGAAAAUAAUAAAAACUGAAGAAAUUAUUGAGAGAUUGACUGAAGGAGCAAUAGAGUGGAACAAAGUCUUAGAUUCAGAGUUUGAAGAGAAAGGUGCAGAUUAUGUGGCCGAAUAUACCAAAGUGCACUUUCAGGUCCACCAGCUUUAUAGUGAUUGGGCAAAUUUCACUCAGCAAGAAAUAUUAACUUCUCACAGAGAGGUCCAGAAAUUUCUUAUCAGGGCAGUAAAUCACUUAGACUCCAAACCAGGCCCACCUCCACUAUCCAGAUUUUUGUUAGAACAGAUAUCUAGUCUAACUGGCCAGCAAGAGAUUUUAGAAACUGAAGACGUCUCAGAGUAUGGUAAUACACUGUGUAUUCUGAGGAAAUACCGUAAAAUAUCAUAUAUGGAGACAUUCCAGAAUUUUGAGGCAGCAAAAGAAUUUUUUCUCAACACAAAGAGGCAAACCACAGAAUCUCACUUUCAGAUACCAGGAGUUCAGGCAAUAUUUGCUUACAACAUUUACAUUUCACUUCUACAGUUAAAGACACUGAUUGAAAAAAUGGGUCAACGAUUUCAUCGAGGUUUGGUGUCAGCCUGCUUCUAUCCCUACCUCGGAAGGCAGGAAAAAAUACCAAGAACAGACUUGUCUCAAGCUGAAUGGCAGUCCAUUGUGGACUUGAUUUAUGAGAUGGAAAAUUAUGUGCAGCAGUUAAUGGACAUGACCACAGAAAUGGGACAGGCCUUCAUCUUUUCAGUAGCCCUUAGAAGUGAAGGCUAUUUCCCCAGUUUAGACAGCAAGAAAGGAGAGAGAAUUGAGCUCCUUGAGAUUCUGCUCGAGGAAAUGGGGUCUGAAUUAUCUCCUGUGAUUAAAAAUAUGAUUGAAAAAAAAUGUAAAGAAAGAAACCCUGAUUUCAAGCAGUUAAUAGAGGAGUUAACGUUAUUAAAAAAGAAAUCUAUCUUUGAAAAAGAAAAAAUGGAAAGUCAGUUUGGUAAAAUCCAGGAAUUGAUUUGCAACAGCACUGGUAAUGACUCUAAAGUGCAAGAUAAAAAAUCACCAAUACUUGCAAAGGUAAAAAACGAAGUUGUAGAACUACUUGGUUUAGAAAAGUACUGGGAAAAGAAAUUCUCACCUACUGAUCUAAAGUCUAUAGACUCCCUAGCAUUAGAACUGAACAAACCUCACAGACCUGAGGAUAUCCCCUGGUACUUCAUCCAGAAGCUCCUGAUGUCACAUUCAGAUGCAGUCAAAGUGAAAUGUGCAGAGAGCGAAAGUUCUACAAAUACAUCAGAUGACAAUGAUGACAAUUUUGAUGCAUUGUUUUUACUUGAAUCUGACAACAAAACUUGUCUAAAUCCUCUGGAUGUCAUUGUCACUGUUUUGAUGUGUUCAGAUCCUUUUGUGCAACAGGAGCUUGUGCUAAAGAUGUCAAUGUGUCAGUUUGCCGUGCCAUUACUACUUCCUAAUUCAGAUGGAGGGCCAAUAUUUCUACUCUGGGCUACGAGGUCCAUCAUAAAAAAGUGGUACCAGAGGUCUCAUAAGGACAGUAGCUCCAUUGUGGAGUGCAGCAUUGCUACUUACCCCAUGCAUGCGAUCACAUUUAUUAGACUGGGGGAGAAUCGACAUUCUAAGUCAGCUUUCCUCAACUGUCUCCUUAGCACUUCUCAGUACCACCACAGCUUUUUUCUCCAUCAUGAUAUGGAAGGUGGAAACAGCCCUCGGAAAAUCUCUAAUGGACUUGUCGAAAUGACUUGGUAUUUGCCAACAGGCAGGGAAGUCUUGGAUGUGUUUCUGGAGCCAUUUGCUGCAAUAAAUGUAAGGGGUGAUGCAAAAUCUUUUCUCAAGGAGGUAGAGUUUCUUGCUGAAGUGUCCUCAGCCAUCUUCAUGUUUGUAGGAAAUAUUGGUGAGGGGCAGAAGAAUAUGACACAGUAUCUUCAGAGAUCUACAGCAAAGAUCUUCUGUUUGUUAGACCCUCCAAAUUAUGGUCAGGCAACAGUCAAAAAAUCCAUUGAUGAAUGGAGUGCACAGUUACAUAUUCCAAAAGAUCAAAUUAUCAUAAGAUCUAGAAAAAAAGAUGCUGAACUUAUUUGUGACGUACGCUCUGCAAUCACCAAAAUACAGGCCUCUAAGGAAAAUAUAAUAUCUUUGGAAGCAAUGUCUCAUAUUGCCAAAGAUCAUGGUUUUCAAACUGACGAAGACUAUAGUCCAUGCCAAACUGGAAAACAUAAAGCUGCAAAAGUUCUUGCUGGGCUAAACAUGGGAAAUAUUGCUGAAUUCAAAGACAAAAUGCUUCCAUUUCAAGGGCCAACCUGGAAAGAAUAUUCAGAAAUUGAAAAAGAGAGUCUAAGACUAAAGAACAUUGGACACAAAAGCCAACUGGAGUACUCCAGGGAAUUAGAGCAGAAAAAGAGAGCAAUUCGUCACAAACAAAUGAAGAAUGACAUGUCAUCUGCUAUGGAGAUAUUCAUUGAAACAGUUCUCAGAAGCACAAAAGAAGAAAAGCUCUUUUUCCUACACUGGGUGAAGCUGAAACUGGAUUCCCUUUCUUCGGCCUCCUUACCCAGUAUCCGAGAAAAACUGAAGCGGCACCAGAAUGAGAGCAGUGAACAGAAAAAACUGGUGAAAAUGCUCUCUAGUAGCUCACUGGGAUUAGAACACUUUGUACGAGAAAUCGGACAGGUUUAUGAGGCGUUUGUAGUGAGUGGAUCAAAGUUCAAUUCAGACUUGUCUCGGUUACCAAAAAUGGCUGCUGAGAUGCUCCUAGAUGGCUUCCCAGUAGAGAUCAUUGAUGGCAAUGUCUCCAACAUACCCCUGACAUGGGUGUCAAAUAUUUUACAAGAAGUUAAGAAAAAAACUCAGUCCACAACCAGAAUAUUUGUCCUUUCCGUUUUAGGGGUACAAAGCACGGGGAAAUCCACCCUAUUGAAUACUCUGUUUGGCCUGCAAUUCGCAGUGGGAGCUGGCAGGUGCACCUGUGGGGCUUUCAUGCAGCUCGUUCGCAUCGAUGGAAAUCUCAAACAAGAACUCGGUUGUGACUACAUUCUUGUUAUUGACACAGAGGGUCUAAGGGCCCCAGAAUUGAUAGGCAUCGCCAACAAGUAUGAGCACGACAAUGAGAUAGCAACUCUAAUAAUUGGACUAAGUGAUGUCACCCUAGUGAACGUGUCAUCUGAAUCCACUGCAGAAAUGCAGGACAUUCUUCAAAUAGUUGUACAUGCAUUAAUAAGAAUGAAGGAGGUUGGGAAAAGGCCAACCAUCUAUUUCAUCCAUCAGAAUGUAUCUGACAUUUCUGUGAGGGAUAAGGAUUUACUUGGAGUUGCACAACUCCUGACACGUCUGGAUGCGGUGACCCAAGCUGCAGCCAAGCAGGAACAUAAGGAAGCUACAUAUUUAAAAUUUUCUGACGUGAUUCAGUAUGAUCCUGCAAAAAGAACAAAGUACAUGCCUAGUCUGUGGCAUGGCAUACCUCCCAUGGCAGCUGUGAGCACUGGGUACAGUGAAUAUGCAUUUGAGUUGAAAAAGGACCUGGUUAAUUUCAUUAGGGAACAAAGAAAGUCUUAUAUCCCAUCAACAAUUGACAGCUUCAUCAAAUUGAUGGAAGAACUUUCUAAUGCCGUUAAGUCAGAGGACUUUAUAUUCAGUUUCAGGAACAGCAUUGCAGCAGAUGCAUUUGCAAAGCUUUUCUCACAAUGCAGCGAUUGGAUAUGGGAAAUCCAGCAGCACUUCAUUGAGUGGACAGAGAAGGCGCAAGUGAGGAUUAAAAACUGCCAAAAGACAGACGGUUUACUAGAUGAGCUAAAGCGGGAGGUUACAGUGUUAGCAAAUGAAGAAGAAAGCAAAGCUCUUGAAAAACUCACUAAUUAUUAUUCAAAGGAUAUUGAUAAUAAACAAUUAAUUCAGCCCUACAAGCUAUAUUUCGAACAGAACCUUAAGGUUGAAUGUCAGCAGCUUAAAAACAAUGCACACUCAAAAUGUGAAAUUUACAUUCAUACUUGGUUAAGCCAUAAUAUUUUUCAAAAAGUGCUCACCGAAUAUGAAGAUAAAAUCCAGGAAAAGGUUGACCAGCUGGUAAAGGAAAUUAACCACAGUGGAAAAAAACUUGAUGAGGGGGAACUUCACAAGGCAUUUGAGGAAAUGUGGAGCAGCACUGUUGUGUCCAUAAAAUGUCCAGAAAACCAAGUUAAUAUCCUGCGUGACAUGGAGAAGUGUUUGCUGCGGAAUGACGUGAAAAGAAAAUCUUUUAAAAUCAAUUUAGGAGAGAAAUUUCUAAGAGGAAUGGGAAGCCAAACUUUUUACGUUUCAGAUAAACACGUCAAACACAGCAUGACAUGGAUUUCUAAAGCCCAUAUAAAGCAGGUUCAGAGAAUAAGUAGCAACUUCAUAAAUUACUCGAUUUUAAAUUUUCAUUCUGGAGAAGACAAAUCCAGAGAACAGCUUGCCAAAAAUCAGUUGCAGACCCGUUUGAAAAAAGAACAGAAGCUGGCAGAUACAAUCAUACAAGAGUGUGAAAAGUAUAUUCAUAGAAUGAUCAGCAAAAAAGAUGUGGAUUACGAUCGAAAUUACUGUACAGGGGUAGUCAGAGAAAUUGAAAAGCAAAUCAAUAAACUGGGAGAACAAAGCAGGAAGCUUACUGAACAAUUUCACACUGACCUUAAACUUCACAUUUGUGUUAUGGCAGUGAAGAAGUUUCAAGAAAAACAUGACAUGUUCAAUCAGCAAAAUGAUCCAGCACGUAUACUUAAUGCGAAAAAGAAAGAUUACUGGAAGGCUUUCAGUGACCUAUGUGACAAGAGAGACCAGAGCCAAAAGGCAGCAAAGAGCUUCUGUGACUUGUGCCUGAAACCAUCAUUAAUUAAAAAACUCCAAUGGCAUCUAUCUCUCAGCAUUGUCACUUAUCUGAGGAACAUUUGUGCACCUUUAAUACUUAAAAACACCCUCUACUUCCAACUAGCUCUAUUGUUAGAUCUGCACAGGAGAGACGCCUUUAACGACUAUAUAAGUUACAUCAAAGAUUAUGAUCAGUUUGCAUUGGACUUCCUUCAACAGAUGGUGGAGAAGUCUUGCCGUCAUGAGGUUAAUGGGAAAGCACGGUUUCAUGUCAUGGCCCAAGAUAUUGCAGCUGAUGUUGUAGAUAAGGCAAAGAAAUGCAUGGAUAAAGUAAAUGCAGAGAAAGCCAACACAGCAAAGCAGCUCAUCGAGCUAUUUUUAACAGCACUGGAGGGUAAUCUGGUGAUUCAGAAAGAGAAGAUUCAUGAUAUUUUGCCCAGAAACAUUCUAAAUGUGGCACAGUUCAGAACAGACCUUUUUGAUGCCAUCCUUUCAUUGGAGAAAGAGCUUCUGAAGGAAAUAGAGGACUGGGAAAUUCAGGUUCAGGAUUUACCUGUUGUACCCCAUCAACAGUUAUACAGAAUUCUAGGAACAUGCACAGAGAAGUGCCCAUUCUGUGGCGUGCCUUGUGAACACCAGGGGGAAAACCAUCAGCAUUUCUCCAGAUACCACAGGGCACUGGCUGUCAACAACACCCCCCCUGAAAUGCUGCCAUUCAAGACAACAUUAAAGAAGAUUUCAGCAUUAUUAACCUUUAAUUUAGACCAGAGCACAAUGAACUGUAUGUCAAGAGAUAUCCAUGUCAAAAGCUGCAGUGCAAGUCCUUUGGAAAGCAAUAAUUGGGGAGAACUGUACAAAGAUCAGUCCUCAGUAUACUGGCGCUUUGUACUUAAAAGAUACCAAAAGCAGUUUGCCCAGCACUACUACUCUAAACCAGCAGAAGUCAAAGAAAAAAUUACAUGGAAAGAAGUAGAGGCAGAUCUCCAAAAGGUAUAUAAAUUGAAUGUGGAAGACAUAUGGCUAGAACUAGGGAAACAAUAACUGGUUAUUCUGGUGUUUACCUCUCGGAACAAAAUGUAUUCCUGUUGGGAAUGAUUCAGCAUAUGUCAGAAUCAUAUAAUUGUUAUAAAAAUUGUCAAAUCCAUCGAUUUUGUAAAGCAUCCACUCAUUUAACAGCAUAAAAUUUAACAUUCAUACACUGUAUCAUAAUAAAAGAACUGUAUGAUGGCAUGUUUUAGUAACUGUUUCCCAAAAACACGGGGGAGAAGAAGCAACUGCACCAUAAUGAAAUACAGGGAUAAAUCAAAAUGCAUCUUCUGUGUGGCUAUUUACUCAACAAAACAUUAAAAUAAACCAAUAAUAGAGAUUACAUUUCUUUUUUAACAUGAUCUGGGGUAGCAUAGUGGAUCCAGUAUCCUGGGUUAGAAAUCCAUGUCUGGUUGUCACCUGUGUGUGGUUUGUAAGCUCUCCCCGAUUCAGUGUGAGUUUUUUGUUUUUCCCCCUGAUUACUCUGUUCUUUCCCCUGUAUCCCAAAAAAGUACAUAUAAUGUCAACUGUUGAUUCCAAAUUCGCCUAACGUUAAUUGUGAGUGUGGAGGUUUAUGUGUGAACGUUCAGAGGUAAUGGCCUGGUGCACUUUUCAGGACUGAGUUCUGCCUUGCAUUCUAUGCCGAUGGGACAGGCUCUGCUCCGCCUAAAUCAGCAGUGACUAUUCUAAGUGGUUUUAAGAAUGUUGGAUAUGUUAUGUAAUGACUUCCCUGCUUUUCACAACACUAGGAUUUUGUUUUAACGCUUUGGCAUAUCCUUAGAAAGGAUAGAUGCUGAGAUAUUAUGUUACUGAUUACCUAUCCCCAACUUGCUGGAAUAAAUUAUUUGUAUAUUGUAAAAGAAUAUGGAUAUAAGUACUUUUCAGAAAAACUUCACCUAACUCUUCACAACCCUGUGUUGGAAGGAGAUUUUAUAUAUUUUUUUAUAUUUUUAUAAUUCAUUGUGUUAAACAUGACAAAAUAGUUCAUCUGUAUCUAUACUGUUAAUGUACUGUAUGUUGCACAUAAAUACUGUGUAUACAACUAUAUACUCGACAUCAUUCAUUUACCACAGUUGCUCGAACAUCCUUUCCAGAUGUUUUCUAAAAGGUGCUUCAACUUAAUGACUCAAAGUUCCCAGUGGUGUUUUUGAAAAUAACUCAAACUUUAAAUUAAUUUUCUUGAAUAACCUUAUUGUUAGCCUUGAGUAUGUUCACCUGUAUUGCUCUUUGUGUUCAUUAAUCUUUAUUAUUAAAAUAUAUGAUUUUAUUCCAUUAACCCAGGAGGAGAACCAGUAAAGAUAUUUUUUUAAGCUCUUCAUGUCCCAAACUCGGACUAUAGAGUUAUGUUAUGUUAUCUAACAUUGAGUUAUGUUAUCUAACAAAACCACUGUAUAUCUAUCGCCUUAUUUUCAUUUUGAAAUGCAUUAUAAAUUCAGAACAAAAAGCCAGAUUUAGCUUGAACACAAUAUGUGGAAGACAUUUAUGUUUUGGAGAAAUGUAAGAACUGCAGUAUCAAAUCAAGCAGCACAUGCACAUCUUUGUGAAUUUUCUAGGUGUUAUUGUGGGAAAUAGCUUUUUUAUGAAAUAAUCAUAGUAAUAAAACAUUAAGUGAACACUUUUUUUUAGUGUAGGGGAAAUCAGGCCUGGGACAACUCAUUUGGGACAUCAAGUGGUUUUAAACAUCUGUAAAACAUUUUCAUUGAAAGUUUAUUAUUUUAAUAUUCCUGUAAUCUGUUUAGAAGACAUCUUGCAAUAAUGGGAAAAAAAAUUAAUCUUAAAUGCCUGAAAAUAGCUCAUUUUGGAAGACUUGACUGUUCUUUUCAUAAAAAGUAUAUUUUGGUUUAUAUAAUAAACAGAAUUGUAUAAUAUUACUGCAAGAAACCAAAUGAUAUAUAAUAAAUAAGCUCCAUUUCAAAGACACAACCCAAGUUUUGCCCUCCUACCUGUUAUGAUUUAUAUAAAGCAUCUAAUAUUUUAAAAUGCUCAUUUUAUGUUAUGUUACAUGAUGUAUUUUAUUAGGCUGUUGUUCUAUGAUAUGUGUGUGCUUUUAUUCCAAUAAAAAAGAAGGUU